AUGGAAAGGUAUGCACCGAUAAAGGACUGGGAGAAAGAAUCAUUUAGUGCUUCUGGUUCAAAUAAAAACAAUGCUACAAAGCAAACCAAAGUUAAAGAUAAUAAAAGAUACAGUAGGGUGGAAAGCGACUACGACUUUGAGUCUGGAUUGAAUAACUGGACACAAGGUGACAAUCUUACGAGAACAGUAAAUGCAGAUGGUAACAUCAACAUUCUAGAAAAUGCGGUCUCACGGCUGAAGUCCGUAGGAUAUGGAAUCCAGUCAGAAAUAAAUUUGCAUCUGGAUAUGUUAAAUGAAAUGAACUUAAACAUGGAUUCUACAAAUAGAAGAAUUCGUAUCUCUCAAAAGAUUUUGAAUAGAUUAGUAGAUAUGGCCAGUACAAUGACUCUAACCAUUAUUGCAUUUCUACUAUUUAUAUUGCUGGUUUUGCAAUGGAUUUUAUAG